GCUGAAGUAGAGGCAGAAUAUCAACAGGUGCUGCUUGCACCCUCAUAGGCUAGCCAAAGUAGUACCUUUUUAGUGUCUGCCUGUUACGCAGCUGCUAAAUGUUCUGGGCCCUCCGGCCCUUACAUAGAAGCCAGCCGCCCUUAUGAGGAACAAGGUUAGAAGGUGGUAAAAGGCUUACAGGAGCACUGAGGCAUACCAGUUCUGAGGUCAAACAGAAGCAGCCAGAGGGAUGAAGCGGCCCGUAAGCCCAUCCCACCCCCCUGGGAGCAGCAUCUGUGGGAGCCUUACAGAGAGCCUUGGUGCAGGAUGUCCACCAGAGCAGCUCAUCAAGCGGGAGAAGAAGCACCCAUCCUUUACAUUGUGUGAGGUGUGCAAUAUCCAGCUCAAUUCAGCUGUCCAGGCCCAGAUCCACUACAAUGGGAAGUCCCACCAGAAGCGCCUCAAGCAGCUCAACAAAGGCAAAGGCCCACCAAACAAAGGUCCAGCUGGUCACGACAGCUCCCUCUUAACAUCACUUCCCAUCCCAGGACGAUCUCUGCACCCACCAUUGGACAUCAAACACUUUCUGACCUUUCGCCUCAAUGGGACACCCCCGCUCAAUCUGUUCCCCAACUUCAACACGAUGGAUCCAGUACAGAAAGCAGUGAUCAACCACACUUUUGGUGUACCCAACCCACUCAAGAAGAAGCAAUUCAUCUCUUGUAAUAUUUGCCAUCUCAGAUUCAACUCUGCGAAUCAAGCUGAGGCACAUUACAGAGGCCACAAGCAUGCCCGGAGACUCAAAGCCAUUGAAGCAGUGAAAAACAAGCAGAAGAUGACUGACAGGAGCAGCAGCCAAGAAAAACCAGCUGACUUGGAUGCCACACUGGACCUCAGUGGAGACACCACCAGUAACACAGCACAACCCAAUGGCCUGCUGGAACUGAACCAGCCAACAGCAGAGCACUGCAGUCUCAUGCUGAUGUCACCUCUAGAGGAGUCAUCUGCUGAACUAACUAGCAGCGUCCUCUCCUUGGUUUCCCCUCCGGUUUCGGAGCCCUCGGAAGGAGCUCCAGACACUGCAAGUGUGGCAUCGUCUUCUGUGGCACCUGGAGCAGAGACUCCAGCCACCGAAUCAGGAAGCACCAUUAGUUCAGCGCCUGACAUGGAGAAAGACGGGAAGAAAAAUAAGCAGCACCUGUACUGCCCUACGUGCAAGGUGACAGUCAACUCUGCCUCUCAGCUGGAAGCUCACAACUCUGGAGCAAAGCACAAGUCAAUGCUGGAUGGCCAGGCAGUUCUGCCAAGGCGAGGCAGGGGGAAAGUCCUCUCACGUGUGGGGCACAAGCCCAAACGAAUUGGCAGCAAAGGCAGCCUAAGCAUCCAAAACAAGGCCUUUCAGUGCCAGGUGUGCGAGAUUUUUGUCAACUCAGAGACUCAACUCAAGCAGCACAUGAGCAGCAGGCGGCACAAGGACAGGCUGGCAGGGAAGCCGCCAAAACCCAAAUACAGUCCAUACAGUAAACUGCAGAAGAACACGGCCCUGGCAGUGAGUAUUUUGAAGUCCAAACUGGCUCUGCAGAAGCACCUCACAAAGACCUUGGCUGCACGAUUCCUGCCGAGCGCCCUCACCCCAGCCACCGUAUGUGCUCUGCCUAGCCCGCUCACACUUCGACCAGCUGCCGCCACUCUCUUCCAAGCUCCUAUCUUUGGACCAGCGCUUUUCCGAACCCCUCCAGGCCCUGUGCGAGCAGCUGCAGGUCCUAUCAUCUUCACUCCCUACUAGAGACCCUCAGCACUGUUUUUGCUUCAGUUAGUUAACAGAUGUGGUGAAGAUCAAGGGGAGACUGUACAGGGAAACUGGGGCAGGAGGGGGCCUUGGCAAACUAGUGCCCUAUACAAAGGCGAAUUGGAAACUUUCUAUUAUUUUAAGCAAUUAUCUUUUUGUUUUGUAGGGGUUUCUACCUGUUAUCAUGAACUGGAUUAUGCAUUGGGGUAGGGGAUUAAACCCUCUGCCCUUGU